AUGGACGUCGCUCGUGUCCCGUUGCGGCGGGAGCCCCUCUCUCCGCAGCGGCUUCGUGAGUGGUACGCUCGACGCUGUCGCCGUGCUACUGGUGCUGCUGGCGCUGGAGCUGCUGGGGGUGCUGCUGAUGCUGGAGCUGCUGGAGGUGCUGCUGGUGCUGGAGCUGCUGGAGGUGCUGCUGGUGCUGGAGCUACUGGAGGUGGUGCUGGUGCUGCUGGAGGUGCUGCUGGUGCUGGAGCUGCUGGAGGUGCUGCUGGUGCUGGAGCUGCUGGACGUGCUGCUGGUGCUGGAGCUACUGGAGGUGCUGCUGGUGCUGGUGCUGCUGGAGGUGCUGCUGGUGCUGGAGCUGCUGGAGGUGCUGCUGGUGCUGGAGCUACUGGAGGUGUUGCUGGUGCUGUCUCUCCUGUUUCUGGAGGCGCUGCGCGGUCGCGGCCGUACUACGUUCCGCUCCUUCAGCAGGUUCUUGGUCUACCGCCUUCUCCUGGUCCUACUCCUCCGUUACUCAGUCUACCGCCUGUCCAGUCACAGUCGCCGUUACGGCCGUCCUCUCCACUGCCUGGUCCUUCUCCUUACUCCGGACCGACUAGAGGUCUUACGGAGCGUCGUGAGCCUGAGUCGCGUCCUGUGUCGCCUGUGUCUCGUGCUGCGUCGCCUGUCCUCACUGCUCGCGCUGGUCGUGUUUUGCGUCCGCGUCCUCCUCCUCUCCCUGGCACUCACUCUAUGACACUGCGUCCUUCCACUGCUCCACAGCGUGUCCCUCUGCCCUCACCUCCUGCGUCCUCUCUUCCUGACGGUCCAGACCUGAGGUCUAACUCCCUUCGUGCUGCUAGUCCUACUGUCACGCGCUUCCUGGCCACUGCUGUCACUGACCCUCUGUUUGAGUUCUCUGCUGCGUCUGCGACUGCGCUACUUGUGCAGUACAUCGGGCAUGGGGCUCGUGCUUGGAGGACGGGCUAG